AUGCCCGAUUAUUCCGCGAUCGAGACAACCUUGGCUUCCAUAGUCGCCUCUCCCCGCACUCUGGACCUCCUCCGAGACCUACAUAAGCAGGCACUAGACGAGCCGCCGUAUGUGAGCACAGACGGCCCGGCUUCGACGGCCCUUGAUAAGUUCGUUGCCUUAGACCCUGAUAAGUGCGCCUUUGUCUACCUACUCCUGCGUUCUAUGCAGGCACGCUUCGUCGUCGAGGCAGGAACGUCAUUUGGCGUAAGCACUAUAUACCUAGCCCUUGCUGUAGCGCAGAAUUCCGGCUCGCAGCCUGGAAAGGUCAUUGCUACGGAGAACGAAGCGACAAAGUCGGCUAGGGCUCGAGAGCACUGGAGCGCUGCUGGUGACGAUAUCAAGAAGUAUAUCGAGCUGCGAGAGGGAGAUCUGCGAGAGACUCUAAAGAUAGACCUACCAGAGCAGGUAGACUUUCUUCUCCUCGAUAUCUGGACCCCCUUGGCCCUACCUACGCUUAAGCUGGUUCAACCUCGCAUGAGACCAGGUGCCACAGUUGUCGUCGAUAAUAAUCUAGCAGCCAAGACGGGGUAUAAGGACUUGGUGACUUAUCUCGAGGAUCCCGCCAAUGGGUUCAAGAUGUCGACAGUCCCCUACUCAGGUGGCCUUUUGGUUGCUGUCUAUGUCGGGAACUAG